GACAAGGGGGUCUCUUGUGAGCCCCCCACCAAGUGAGUCGAGGAGGGCUGGCCCCACCCCCGUGGAUUCGGAGUCUGUAGGAGAGGUGACACCUGUCAUGUCCCCACCCCGUGGGCACCUUCCCGUCUCUCAGAGGGUGGCCCGUGGUCAUGAGUUCCCCAUCCCGUGUCCCUCUUGGGGAAACAGGUUUCGGGACAACUGGUCUUGUAGCAUGGGGCAGCCAGGCCGCCUGGGUGCAGCUGUGCCUGAAGGCCUCCUGGCACCGGGACAGGGCAGCUGAUCCCACCAGCGGGAAGGUGGUGCGUUCCGGUGCUGGGAUCCACCAGCUCACAGGCGGAGCUGCGAGCCUCCAGUGCUCAGCCCUCGGCGGGGCCUGCCUGGCAGCCCCACACACAGAGGGCGUCAGGGUGGCGGGGGCACGUGUUACAUGGGGGCCCUGGGUCUGAGUCACCCACUUCCUCCGUAUCUGGAUGGGAGGGCGCAGCGCCCCUCCUCCACGCCGUCCUGAUCUGGAAGGAUAAAUGGGGAGGGGAAAGCCUGCUGGGUAGAAGGAACAGGGAGCGGCCAGGGUAAGUCCCCACUCUCAGAGACCCUGACAUCAGUGGCACCUGCAGCAGAGUGGCCCAGCCUCAGACUCAGAGCACCAAGACCCAGGCCCCCCGUGCCAGUUCCAUUCUUCACCCCACAAUCUGCAGCCCCCAGCCCUGCCCCGUGAGCCCCGGCCAGGCCCACGAUGCCCCUCCUUGCUCCCCAGAUGCUGAACCUGCUGCUGCUGGCACUGCCCGUCCUGGUGAGCCCGGCCCACGCGGCCCCUGCCCCAGCCCAGGCCCUGCAGCGAGCGGGCAUCGUCGGGGGGAAGGAGGCCCCCAGGAGCAAGUGGCCCUGGCAAGUGAGCCUGAGACUCCACGACCAGUACUGGAUGCACAUCUGUGGGGGCUCCCUCAUCCACCCCCAGUGGGUGCUGACCGCGGCACACUGCGUGGGACCGGACGUCAAGGAUCUGGCCGACCUCAGGGUGCAGCUGCGGGAGCAGCACCUCUACUAUCAGGACCAGCUGCUGCCGGUCAGCAGGAUCAUCGUGCACCCGCAGUUCUACACUGUCCAGACCGGGGCGGACAUCGCCCUACUGGAGCUGGAGGAGCCCGUGAACGUCUCCAGCCACGUCCACACGGUCACCCUGCCCCCUGCCUCGGAGACCUUGCCUCCGGGGACGCCGUGCUGGGUCACCGGCUGGGGCGACGUGAACAAUGAUGAGCCCCUCCCACCGCCAUUUCCCCUGAAGCAGGUGAAGGUCCCCAUAAUGGAAAACCACAUUUGUGAUGCGAAAUACCACUCCGGACUCUACACGGGAGACGACGUCCGCAUCAUCCGUGACGACAUGCUGUGUGCCGGGAACAGCCGGAGGGACUCCUGCCAGGGCGACUCCGGAGGGCCCUUGGUCUGCAAGGUGAAUGGCACCUGGCUGCAGGCGGGCGUGGUCAGCUGGGACGAGGGCUGUGCCCAGCCCAGCCGGCCCGGAAUCUACACUCGCGUCACCUACUACUUGGACUGGAUCCACCGCUACGUCCCCGAGAAGCCCUAAGCCAGGCCUGUGUCACUCAGGUCAGCAGAGGGCCAGCCCCUCCUGUCCAAACCACCACUGCUUCCGACCCAGGUGGCUACUGCCCCCCACACCUUCCCUGCCCCGUCCCGAGUGCCCCUUCCUGUCCUGAGCCCCCUGCUCUGUCCCGAGCCCCUUCCCCUGUCCUAAGGACCCUUCCCCAUCCUGAGCCCUCUCCCCUGUCCUGAGCCUGACCCCUGCACGGGGCCCUCCGGCCCUCCCCUGCCCAGCUAGCUGGUGGUGGGUGCUAAUCCUUCUGAGCGCUGGACCUCAUUAAAGUGCAUGAAAAUCA